AUGGAAGAGCAAAACCAAACGGGAGCAGUACACUUCCACUUCCACCCCUUCUCAACCAACCCGGCAGUGGCUUCCCUCAUCUUCGUGGCUUUCUUGCUGCUGUACCUGGGAAGUCUCAUUGGAAAUAUCACCAUUGGCCUCAUAGUCUGGCAAGACCACUCCCUCCAUUCCCCAAUGUACUUCUUCCUUUUUGCACUGGCCAUACUGGAGCUUGGCUACUCCACCAAUAUAGCUCCCCUGACUCUGGCUGGCAUCCUUUCCAUGGGGAGGAUGCUUAUCUCUCUCCCUGGCUGUGGGGCCCAGAUGUUCUUCUUCAUCCUUCUUGGGGGAUCGGACUGUGUCUUGCUUGCUGCCAUGGCCUAUGACAGGUAUGUGGCCAUCUGUCAUCCAUUGCAUUACAACCUCAUCAUGAGUUGGCAGCUCUGUGGGCAUAUGACUUUAGGUUCUUUAGGGUUGGGAUUCCUGUUGGCACUGCCCUUGACUGUUCUGAUCUGCCACCUCCCAUUCUGUGGCCACAAUGAAAUCUACCACUUCUUCUGUGAUAUGCCUGCUGUUAUGCGCCUGGCCUGUGCGGACACCCGCGUGCACGAGGCAGCUCUCUAUGCCAUCAGUGCGGCGGCCGUGGCCAUCCCCUUCCUCCUCAUCUGCCUCUCCUAUGGCUGCAUCAUGACCACUAUCUCGAGGAUGGAUUCAGCCCAGGGAAAGUGCCGGGCCUUCUCCACCUGUUCCUCCCACCUCAUGGUGGUUCUCCUGCAGUAUGGGUGUUGCACCCUUAUCUACCUUCGCCCCAGCUCCAGCUACUCCCCAGAAGAGGGCCGGGCAUUGUCUGUUGUCUAUACCUUUUUCUCGCCAGUGCUGAACCCCUUGAUCUAUACCAUCAGGAAUCAAGAGGUGACUCAUGCAGCGAGGAGACUUAUUGCAAGAAUGUGCUGGUUCAGGGAGCCAGAAACAUUCCUUCUUAGAAAAAAUAUCCCCUCGAUCAGAAGUAGGGACAGGAGCUGA